AUGAAUGGCGAGUCUUCGCUGAUCAGCCCAACCACAGGCAUUUUUCUGUCCAACGUUGUUUCAUCCGUUGUAAUUGCGACAAAUCAGCAUAUUGCGUCAGAGUUUGAUGCCCUAUCUUCUGCUGCGUGGCUGUUGACGGCGUACACGUUGGCUCAGUCCGCAAGCCAGCCACUGUAUGGAAAGGUCAGCGAUAUCUACGGGAGAAGAAAGUGUCUAGUCUUUUGCUGGACAGUUUUUGGACUAGGCUGUCUACUUGUGGGAGUUGGUCAAACUUAUUGGCAAAUCAUUCUUGGGCGUGCCAUCAGUGGUAUUGGUAGCGCCGGGAAGAUUGCUCUGACAUCUAUUGUGGUGGCUGACCUUGUUCCCCUACGACAUGUUGCACAGUACCGCGCAUAUGUGAAUUUGACAGCGACUACAGCAAGGUCUAUUGGAGGCCCAAUUGGUGGAUGGCUUUCUGGUAGUGUUGGCUGGCGCUGGUGUUUUCUCGUUCAAUUCCCUGUCGCCCUCAUCGGACUUGGUCUUGUCCUGUGGAAAUUGCCCGAGCCUCGGCAAUUCCAAUCUCAACAGCUUGAAGAGGAUGGAAAAAAGAUAUCCAAUCUAUCGAGGAUUGACUUUGCAGGCGCGAUAACGCUUGUUGGCACUAUCCUCACCGGCCUCAUAUCACUGGACAUGGCAACAAAAGGCGCCUCGGUUCUGAUUACUUCGUCGCUGGGGGCUGUAUUCAUUACAUUCCUGGUGCUUUUUGUUCUCACCGAAAAACAUUAUGCAGAUGAGCCGAUAUUGCCUCUGGAUCUUGUCUCAAAAAGAGAUGUACUGACCUCGUAUUUGAUCGUGGGGUUUCAAUCAGCCGGCCAAUUCGGACUUCUCUACACAAUCCCCAUAUACUUUCAAGUUGUCGGACGGGAAUCAAUAUCAUCUACUGGCACUAGAAUAGUCCCGGUCGUCAUCGGAAACGCCGUGGGAACGGUAUUAAGUGGCAAGCUCAUCACCAAAUUCAAGAAAUACAAACACUUGACAAUUUUCGGGAACCUGACUGGCUUGGUUGGGUUCCUUCUCGUUCUUCUCAGCUGGCGCGGCAAUACCAAUUGGUUCCAAGCCUUGUUCGUAUCCUUGCCUGGCGUGGGGAUGGGCAUCAUCCAAUCUUCUACAUUUAUUCAUCUCGCAGCUAGCCUGGAUCAUUCUCAGAUUGCCAUAGCUGGAACAACGUGGUUUCUUGCUCAAAACAUUGGCGUUCUGGUCGGCGCCAGCCUUUCCACUACUGUUAUCAACGAUGCUCUUCAGAGUUCUCUCCAGACUUCACUCAGUGGGUUGAUAAAAAAGGACGAUGUGAGUAAAAGCUACCUACAACACUUUACUGUCUCACAUUUAGUAACAAUCAAAGAUCAUCGAACAUGUAACAUCCAGCGUCGAGUAUACUCAAACGCUGCCAGAGGCAAUAUGGAACCUAGUAUCUAA